AGCUUCAAGUUGUUUCAGUUCUGUGAAACAUCUGAACAAGCUGAAGGCAAGGACAAACACUGCCCUUGUGGAAAACACAUUAGGCCUUUCAGGAUGGACUUCUGUCCUGCUGGGUCAUCUGACCUGAGUGAAGCUGAAGAGGCUGAAAUAGAGACAAUAAGGCAGCACAGAGAGGAGCUCUUGGAGGACAUUAAGCAGACUCAAACACUACUUCACUGACUCCUGAAGAGCCUGAAAAUGACAAACUGAAAAUCAGUUACUAAUAUCACAUCACAUCCACAUCAUGCACGGUGGUGGACAGCUUUUUCUCUUCUGCUUCCAUUACCACGAAAUGUACACUGUCAUUUUGCACUGAUUUUUCCACAACAUGAGGAGAUCCAGACUCCUGGGGAAUGACGGCAGUAUUUCUUCUCAUAAAGAAUUAAGCCAGAUUGUCUGUGACUUCUCACACUGGCAGACUUAGCAUCCCUGCUGCAAAAACAGAAAGGAGUCAUAUAUCUUCUUCGAGAGUCUGUGGAUGCACAUGCAUGUGGUUUGCUUGUGCAGUGCAUGUGGUUUGCUUUCGCACGGUUUUCAUCUUUUCAGUUUUCAGAAUGGGCAAUGGGCACUGCGGGAGGCAGGAUAUUUGCACACAAAUCCUACAUUUUUUUUUAACCUACUCUGGGCACAAAAAGAGAUACUGGACUACAUUGACCCUUAUUCUAAAACCCGGAGCCAUUAACUAAUAGGGCAUGCAUUGUCCAGUGGAGCAGAAUGAGUUCAGGUGAAAGUGCACCUAGAACUAGAAUUUUUUUUUCCAGGUGAAUUUCUUCAUUAACUAUUUAGCAAUACUCUUUAUCAAAAAGACUUGAGGGAUGGUGCUGUUUGGGAAAGAGAAAAGGAAAGAGGCUGAAUCUCAUCUUACCUGUUAUGGAGAGAAAAAAACACAUAAUCAUUUGAAAUUCAGGAGGUAUGAUCACAGCUUUGUGACAUUUGUGCAAUACCUGAAGCUUUUUAAGGAACACUUUCAGCUCUGCCAGACUGAUGAAACAAAAUGGAAUGAAAGUAAGAGCAAAACUUUAAACUUGUGGGAUAUUGGAGAACUUCACAGUUUCUGUACCAGGAUUCAUAUCAUAGCUGCAUCCUCACUCCCAGCUGAGGCUAGAUUAGUCACAUAACCCUCUUUCCUUCCCUAUUCCGGUUUGCUGAAGAAAUAAAUUGACAGAUUCCUGGAAGAGGCAUGCAAAGAAACACUCUUGCUUUGAGGGGAACCCAAACUGAGGAAGGAAAACAAGGAGAUGCACAGAUUUUGGUUUCCUUGAUAACACAGAACAUCCAGCCAAGAAGGCUACCAUUUCCGGUGGACCAAAAGGAAAUAAUUGGCUCUUAAAAUUCUUUUUGCCCUCCUCUCUUCUUUCUCCAUCUGAAGACAGAAGCUGAAAGAAGAGAUUGCACAAGUGUUUGCAGAGAUUGAGGGCUUCCAAAAUGCAGAGGAGAGGCAAGAGGCAGACCAGAACCCUGGUGAGAGGUCCAGCAAACUAUCACAGAGAGAUAAACUUCUGUCCGUGGGUCGAAAGAAAUUCAACAUGGAUCCUGAAAAGGGGAUCCAGUACCUGAUUGAGCAACAGCUAUUGUCCUCAGACCUGCAGGAGAUUGCCAAAUUCCUCCACAAGGGUGAAGGCUUGAACAAGACAGCCAUUGGAGAUUACCUGGGUGGGAGAGACUCCAAAAACAUUCAGAUUCUCCAAGCCUUUGUGGCAUGUCACCAGUUUGCCAACCUCAACCUGGUGCAAGCACUAAGACAGUUCCUAUGGAGCUUCCGGCUGCCUGGGGAAGCACAGAAGAUUGACCGCAUGAUGGAGGCCUUUGCCAACUGGUACUGCAAGUGUAACCCAGGAGUAUUCCAGUCCACAGAUACCUGUUAUAUACUCUCCUUCUCUAUUAUCAUGCUUAACACCAGCCUGCACAACCCUAAUGUGAAAGACAAACCCCCCUUUGAAAGGUUUGUGUCCAUCAACCGAGGCAUCAAUGAUGGAGCAGACCUGCCAGAAGAGCUCUUAAAGAAUCUGUUUGACAGCAUAAAGAACGAGCCAUUCUCUAUACCAGAAGAUGAUGGGAAUGAUCUCACACAUACUUUCUUCAACCCUAACCGUGAGGGCUGGCUCCUGAAACUAGGAGGACGUGUGAAAACCUGGAAACGUCGUUGGUUCAUUCUGACCGAUAACUGCCUGUACUACUUUGAAUAUACCACGGACAAAGAGCCUCUAGGCAUUAUCCCCCUGGAGAACCUAUCAGUCCGGAAGGUGGAUGACCCCAAAAAGCCAAACUGCUUUGAGCUCUUCAAUCCCAACUGCAAAGGGCAGAAGAUCAAAGCCUGCAAAACAGAUGGGGAUGGGAAGGUGGUUGAAGGCAAGCACCAGUCCUAUAAGAUCUCUGCAGCUACACCAGCAGAACGUGAUGAGUGGAUUGAGGCAAUAAGGACUAGCAUCACACAGAAUCCUUUCUAUGAUCUCGUCUCUGCCCGAAAGAAAAAGAUUGCCAACAAAAACUGAGCCCUGACCUGGUCACUGGCAGCAGGAAGAUGUAGUUGUUGGACAACGUCUCUCACAUGCUGGGCACUUUCAGGAAAGAAAUGUGGGAGGAUUGGCUCCCUCUGCCUCCCACUUGGCACGAGAUGACUGACAGGACAACUUACCAGAUUUGCUUCUUCUCCUUCCAACCCAAAGGCAGAGAAGCAAUCCACUGAAGACUGUCAGGGCUGUGGGCACAGCACUUCCCAUGUCAUAGCUCAGAGGCUAAACGUCAGCUGGCCUUUGGGUUCCUCCAUAUUGCUCCAGGCAUGAAGGGCAGGAUUUGAGGAGAGACAAGAAUGUCUCCAGAAUGUUUCCAGCCCACAGGCAAUCUCUACAGCCAUCAAGUGAAGCCUGGUUAUUUUCCUAUGUGGAUGGUCUCAGGACAGCAAAGCAUAGUCCAGUCAGUUGUGGAGCAGAUAAGCUCCAUUGUUUUUUCUUCCAUGAACAGAUGUGUUGUGGUUGUGUCAAGGUGCCACUGAUGUUUCAGGACUCCAGGAUGAAACCAGAGCACAAGAGAUGAUAAGAAUUCCUCUGUGCAGAUCUCUUCUUUGCAUCUUCCUAUAGCCAUGAGGGCUGUAAUUCUGGGAAGUCCCUGUUCUGCAGCUGAGUCAUGGGUUUUAGGAAGUAAUUGAUGUUAGAUAGGGAGAUAGGGAGUACACUGAGUGUAGAGAGACUGCUGAGAAAGGGAAGCAGCUCUGGGUCUCUGUCUCUGUGUUUUGCUAUUCUGGGACUGACCAGAGGUCUCCCUAGGGAAGAACCCCAAACACUAUCUCUCCUUCUGACCGAUGGCUGCCCAGCAAGCAUUGCUUCCUUCUAUCACCCAAGAGGCCCAGGAUGUGCAUCUGAAAGGUCUGCAGCCAGAAGGCAUGAAAAACCAGAGGUGCAUUUACAUAUACACACAAGCAUGGGCACACAGAGGCAUUCCCAUCUUCACAGACCGGUUUCACUUGGAACCUGCUGUUUUUGGCUCUUGUGUGAAGAAAUAAAAGUGUCUGAAACAAGCGGAAA